UUUUUAUUUUGGAGUAUUUUAAUCGCAUGCUCUUUUUAAGAAGUAAACGACGCCGCCAAAGCAAAACCAGCUCACAAGUAAACUAACCACUCCAGCGCGGAGGACAAUCGGAAUUCAUAGCUCAUUCAGAGAAGGGGUUAUGGCGGGUCUAUGAUUUCUACAGAUUCUCAGAAUCUGGGUCCUGUUUGAAAUCCGAAAAGAAAGAAAAAUCGAUAAGAAUCCGACCCGUUGAAAGGAGGAGGUGAGGAUGGUGCUGGUACUGGCAUUGGGCGAUCUUCAUAUACCUCACAGGGCGCCUGAUCUGCCUGCAAAGUUCAAGUCUAUGCUUGUUCCUGGCAAGAUCCAACAUAUCAUCUGCACUGGAAAUCUCUGUAUCAAAGAAGUUCAGGACUACUUGAGAACUCUUUGUGCAGACCUGCAUAUUACACGGGGAGAAUACGAUGAAGAGAUACGUUACCCAGAGACAAAAACAUUAACCAUUGGCCAGUUUAAGGUUGGAGUGUGCCAUGGUCAUCAGGUUAUUCCAUGGGGAGACUUGGACUCAUUGGCCAUGCUUCAGAGACAGUUGGAGGUAGACAUAUUAGUCACUGGUCACACCCACCAGUUCACUGCAUAUAAGCACGAAGCAGGCGUUGUUAUAAACCCAGGAUCUGCUACUGGCGCUCACAGCAGUGUUACCUAUGAUGUUAACCCCAGUUUUGUUCUCAUGGACAUCGAUAGCCUACGAGUUGUGGUGUAUGUUUACGAACUGAUUGAUGGUGAGGUAAAGGUUGACAAAAUCGAUUUUAAGAAGACAGCACCACUAGAGCUCGCCACUCAUAAGCAAUAAAACCUACAUUUCUACUUCCUUCCAGGGUCAUCGGGAGCUCGACUGUUAUCUCUUCUCUUCUGUGUUACUUUGCCAAUGUCCAUUAACUCAUAUGUAUUAUGUAGUAAUAUUCAUAUGUAAUGAAACAGACUUUUAUUAUGGCAAAUUGCUUGACCCUA